AUGCUAAAGUCAUUAACACUAAAAUGGACAGUGUAUUUGAUACUUUUAAUUACUAAUCUUACUGGAUUUAUAAUAUUUUUAAGAGGAUUUUUCCCAUCAAAAGUCGUUUUACCAGGUUUAAAUACCUUUUCACAAGAUGAUAAUAAAUCACCAUUUUUAAAUCAAAAAAAUCAACCACAAUUUGAUAAAAUCAUACUAAUGGUAGUCGAUGCAAUGAGAUCAGAUUUUUGUUUUGGAGAAAAUUCAAAAUUUAAAUUUUUACAUCAAUUGAUAAAUAAAGGUCAUGCAAUACCAUUUACUGCAUUUUCAAAUCCACCGACUGUUACAUUACCAAGAUUAAAAGGAAUUACAACUGGAGGUACACCAAGUUUUUUAGAUGCAAUUUUGAAUGUUGCAGAUGAUUAUGAUGAUUCACAAGGUUUGCAUGCACAAGAUUCUUGGGUAAAUCAGUAUAAAAAUUUAAACAAGACUAUAAAUUUCUUUGGUGAUGAUACUUGGUUAAAAUUGUUUCCAAAUGAAUUCAAUGAAUAUGAAGGAACCAAUUCAUUUUUUGUGAGUGACUUCACCGAGGUUGACAAUAAUGUAACACGUCAUUUAGAUGAACAAUUAAACACUAAAGAAUGGGAUGGGUUAAUACUACAUUAUUUAGGAUUAGAUCAUAUUGGUCAUAAAGGUGGUCCUCAAUCAACUUACAUGAUACCAAAACAAAUAGAAAUGGACAACAUACUAAAAAGACUUUAUAACUACAUAGAAACAAAUCAAAAUACAUUACUAAUUUUAAUGGGAGAUCAUGGAAUGAAUGAAGUUGGAAAUCAUGGAGGAUCAUCAUCUGGAGAAACAUCAGCAGCAUUAUCAUUUAUAUCUCCAAAAUUUAAUAAAAUAAAUCAAAUAGCGCCAUUACCUGAAAAUUCAGAUUAUUCAUAUUAUAAUUCAAUAUUUCAAAUAGAUUUGGUACCAACGUUAGCGAGUCUUUUGAAUUUUCCUAUACCUAAAAACUCAUUGGGUAUAAUAUCAAGGGAAGUGAUUGAAAUUUGGCCAAAAGAUUUACAAACCAAAAUAAUAUUGGAAAAUUGCAUACAAAUGAUGAAUUUAUAUGAAACAAAAUAUGGAACUAAUGGACAAAUUUGGAGAAAUUGGGAACAAUUAAAAUCCGGUAUUAGUUCAUUAGAUGAAUACUACAAUUUUUUAUACGAAGUGCAGUCUGAAAUGGCUAAUUCCGCAACUAAUUAUAACUAUGAAGAUAUCUUUUUAGGAUCAGGAUUAAUUUUAUUAUCUACUAUUUUCACAAUUUUAAUUUUCAAUUUAUAUUUUUUCACUUUAAAAAAUGUUAAUAUUCAAUUCAUUAUAUUUUUUCAAGUUUUUGUUGUUUUAUAUUCAAUUCACUUUCAUGGAUCUUCUUUAAUUGAAGAAGAACAUCAAAUUUGGUAUUUUGCUACUUGUUUAGUGUUACUAUACUUUGGAUCCACUUUCUUUAAAGCUUUCAGUACCAAGUUAAAUGUUGUCAAUUUCAUUUUAUUAUUUACUUGUAUAAGACUUUUAAGAUCUUGGAAUAACAGUGGUCAAAAAUGGUUUACACAAUUCAAUAUUGCAUCAUACUUAUCAAAUGACAAUAACGAAUUGCUUUGGGCCUUAAUUGCAUUAACUUAUACGACAAUCACAAUAGCUGUAUUUGUACAGGGUAGCAUUAUUCGAACUUUUAGUUUCACGACGUUUCAAAAUUCAUUUGAUUUCAAAGACGUGGGUUCGUUAGUUUCGUUCAUGUCUAUAUUCGUUGCCAGCUCCAUAUCAUUCCUGUUCAAAGUAGUACAAUACUACAUAGAUUCCAACAAACCACCAACAUAUUUUAAAUGGUUACUAAUUUGGAUAUUGGAUAGUUAUGAUGUAAAUAUUAAUAAGUCUGAUAUUAAAUUUGAAUUACAAAAUGUAAGUAUACAGUUAUCAAAACUAGGCUCAUUCAUGUUGUUGACUUUACUAGGUGCAAGAUUAUUUGUUGGUAAGAUAAAAGGUAUAAAGUAUGGUAACAUUACCGAUUUUUCAAAUAUCAUUACAAUUUUUUUAAUACAUCAAACAAGACAUGAAAAUAUUCCAAUUUUCCUAGUACUUUUGGUUGCAAAGUUCUCAAUUUCAUAUUUAAGUUAUACCAAAACUGCAUCAAUUGAUAAUUAUGUCAUAUCAAUAACAUUCAUAACGUUAUGUUUACAAAAUUUGACUUUCUUUUGUAUGGGCAAUACAAAUUCUUUAGCAACAGUUGAUUUAACAAAUGCUUAUAAUGGUAUCGAAACUUAUGAUGUAUUCAUUGUUGGUAUAUUAACAUUCAUAUCUAAUUUUUCAGGUCCUAUAUUUUGGUCAUUAUCUUCAUUACAAUUAAUAUUUGAACCAAGUUUUGCAUGCUUCAAAGGUCCUUCUAAAAACGAUUUAAUUAAUUUUCCACCAUUGAAAUACUCUAUACAAUUGCUUAGAUUAUUUAUUGUUUUAUUCUUUUAUGCAGUUUCUGCUAUUAAUUUAGUUGGAUCAUGUAUAAAUCUUAGAUUUCAUUUGUUUAUUUGGACAGUCUUUUCACCAAAAUUAUUAUUCUUUGGUAGUUGGAUAUUAUUUGUUAAUAUUCUAGUCGAUCUAAUAAUAUCUUCCGGUCUACUAACUAUUUAA